GUGCUACCAUGGCUUCGGCUGGUCCACGUGAAAAUGAGAAGAUCGAUGACUGGGUGAAUCAAAUGGAUGAGAUUCUGCGUCCACUGGCAGAGACGAGUCCCUUCGGCAAGCGCAUCGCCGUGGAACGCUUCCAAGAAAGGGCAACCCGUGGGCUGCGAGACAGAGGAUUUGACUUCAUUGACGCGCAGAUCCCCAUCGAAUAUGCCCGAAGUUUGAAGACCGAGGAGGAGAUUGUGGCCAUUCGCUAUGGCAUCAAAGUCGUCGAAGAGGGAGUGCAUCGUCUACGCGAUGCCUUGUCGCAGCCAGAGGCCAAUGUGACUGAAAAUGAGGUUUGGAGUAUCUUGCAUUCAACGGUCAUUGCUUGUGACGGAGAAUACGUGGAGACGCGGCUCAUGAAUUCCGGACCUAAAACAAACCCAUGGAUGCAGGAGAGUGGCGCCCGUCGCAUCAACGUGGGGGAGACCGUUCAGUUGGAUACGGAUGUGGUAGGACCGUUUGGUUACUACGUGGAUUUUUCUCGAACCUUCACCGCAGGGUAUGGCCUGCCAGGAUUUCAAGCCACGGAGAAGCAGAAAAAACACUACAAAUUGGCGCUGGAGAUGGUUAAGCACAACAUGGAGCUUCUGAUCCCUGGUGCCUCCUUUGAAAACGUCACCUUUAACGCAUGGCCAAUUCCUGAAGAGUUUCAGGCGCACAAAUACCACGUGCAAACCCAUGGGACUGGGAUGACUGGAGAGUAUCCCUACAUUUUCCAUCCUUCGGAUUGGGCAUCCCACGGCUACGAUGGCGUCGUGAAGGAAGGUAUGACUCUGAGUGUCGAGGCCUUUAUCGGUUCAGAUCAGGGCGGAGAAGGUGUGAAGUUUGAACAACAUGGUGUGAUCACCAAGGAUGGAUUUCAACUACUAUCCACCAACGUUCCGCCCGAGCCAUAUCUGCUGGAGGAGUCGCCGCAGCUUUGCAGUGCAUGA